GUGAUCGAGGGCAAGGAAAGCAGUCCGUAGGCACGUGGAGGGGUCGCGUGGGGUGCUGGGCGGAGCGUGGCGCAGGGCUCAGCGCUCAGUCGAGGCGCGCGCGUCAACGCAAACGUCACGGCUACCCUUCAAACAUUCCCGCGCGAAUUUUCUUUUGACAGCUGUCAGAUUAAUUUUUUUCGAGGCUGUGACUUUUCCUCUUUGAGCCUAUGUUUUGAGUGAUUGUUUCGGGUUUGUCGGUGGAUGUGUGCGAGCGAGCAGGGCGACAUGGAGAGCCCGGAGGCCGCGGGGCGCCCGCCCCCGCCCCUCGCCCCCGCCGCGCCGCCCAACGGAUCCAAUAAGAUCAUCGGAAGGAACAUCAAUGGCACCAUGGUGGUGACGUCAGCGCCGGCCAACGAGGCGGAGUUGCAGCUGUACCGCGUCAUGCAGCGCGCCAGCCUGCUCGCCUACUAUGAUACCCUGUUGGAAAUGGGUGGCGAUGACGUCCAGCAACUAUGCGACGCCGGUGAAGAGGAAUUCCUCGAAAUAAUGGCUUUAGUGGGCAUGGCGUCCAAGCCGCUGCACGUCAGACGGCUGCAAAAAGCUCUGCAGGAGUGGGUCACCAACCCAGCCCUCUUCCAAAUGCCCAUAGUCCCCAACCUCUGUCCCACAGAAAACCCCUUCAUGCAAUGCAACCAAAGACUUUUAAACAUGCCAGCGUCAAUACCAAAUGUUUUACCCAGAACGGUAGCCUCACCAGAGAGUAGUAGACCAAUGUACAGUCCGUCCCCCGGAGCUCCUGACAACAGCUGUGGUUCCACCACAUCAGCCACCAGUCCUGUACAGAAUCAAUCGUCAACGUUCACCAAAAUAGUCCUUCCCACCUCCCCUGCGCCCACCGCUCCUAUUUCGUCCACAGUGACCCGUUCAUUUUCUCCUCAAAGCGCGUGUCCGCCAGCCUCAGCUGGAUCCAGUCCUUCCUCAGUCACCUCUCCAGUCCAACUCACACCAGUACUCCUAGACGUCCAGGUGUCAAAGCUAGCGGCCGCGGCGGAGAAGUUGAGCAAACAUCUGCCGCAGUUGGAGCCGAAGCCGCAGAACACUAAGAAGAAGAUGUGCAAGGACUUGGAGCUGGUGAUGCAGAUGCCGGAGACUGACCCGCGCCGCAUGGAGGAGAUCAGGAAGUACGCCGCCAUCUACGGACGCUUCGACUGCAAGCGGAAGCCGGAGAAACCGCUCACGUUGCAUGAGGUGAUGGUGAACGAGGCAGCCGCGCAGAUGUGCCGCUACGUGCCGGCGCUACUUACUCGGAGAGACGAGCUGUUCCCACUAGCGAGGCAGGUGGUCAGGAGAGCCGGCCUGCACUACUCUAAGCAUGGCCUCCCUCCCACGGCUUCAACGGGCUCCGACCGAGACGACGACGAGGCGCCGAGCAAGCGGCCGCGGCAGGAAAGUGAGGAGGGAAAUGGCCCGGAUACAGCGAAAAACAAUUCUAACCACGGGUGGUGGGGCGUGAAAGUGGAGAGCGACGAUGCGGAUUCACGCUGCUCCUACUCCAGCAUCAGCACGCCGCCGCUUGACACAGAAGAGUCCCGCCCUCAAGUAGUAGCGGCCCGAGGAGACAGCAUCAUAGCCGUCGCCAACCCCGCCCUGCAGCCCGCCGCGCCGCACCCGGCUAGGAACCACUCCAACUGACCUGAUGAUGAAGAGGACAUACCAGGGGAUAUCCACGGCGAUUUCAUGAUUGAUGGGACGUGUAGACUUUGACUACAUUGAUAAAGUUGUCAGGCGUCCCGGUCUGUGCUAUUCCAACUGCCGUGAUGAUGAAGAUAACUUGUAUAACACAUAACAGAUAUAUUCUAUUCUAUUCUGAUAGGGGGUGAAGUUCCUGUACGUGGCUCUCUCGAGUGGAACCUUUGUACAUAUCCCCUUGAUUUCAGCUCAGCCAGCCUAGCUCCCGAG